AUGCAACGCACAUCUUUCCGUGGCAAGGUCUACAUGACACACCCGACAAAGGCAAUCUACAAAUGGCUGUUGCUGGACUUGAUACGUCUAGCAGCAACUCCUGCAGAGUUGCUUUUUGACGAGCGUGAUCUACAAGCAUCUUACGAGCGUAUUAUCGCCGUUGACUAUCACCAGGAGAUUGAUGUUUGCGGGGACGGCUCCAUCCGCUUUACACCAUACCAUGCGGGCCACGUGCUGGGCGCAGCUAUGUUCUUUACACAUCCAGGGCUACGAAUUCUGUACACAGGUGACUACUCGCGGGAGCAAGAUCGGCAUUUGCGGGCCGCUGAGCGGCCACCGGGUCCCGCACCGGACGUCAUGAUUUGCGAGGCAACUUAUGGUGUGCAAGCGCACGAGCCACAGGCAGAACGCGAGCGGCGCUUUACCAGCCGGGUACAUGAGAUCGUGCAGCGUGGCGGUCGCUGUCUCUUACCAGUCUUUGCACUAGGCAAGGCGCAUGAGCUGCUACUGAUUUUGGACGAGUACUGGGAAAAACACCCAGAACUUCGCUCAGUUCCCAUCUACUAUGCCUCUUCACUCACCAAGAAAUGCCUGACAAUAUACUCCACUUAUCUUCACAUGAUGGGCACAGGCUCAGACGGUGCAUCUGCAUCAAUCACCUCUUCAAAUAUAUUUCGCCACGUGACAAGCCUACGAGGAGCUGCUGCAGGACAGGCUGCCUCACUUCCAGGACCGUGCGUGGUGAUGGCCUCUCCAGGAAUGUUGCAAAGCGGGCUUUCGCGCGAUUUAUUAGAGGCAUGGUGCGGCGACGCCCGAAACGGGCUUAUCUUGACAGGGUAUUCUGWGGAGGGCACGCUCGCAAAAUCUCUGCUUCAAGGUGAACCAACCGAGAUUUCCUCCCUUUCCACUAAAAGGGCGUUGCCCUUCCGAAUGGCUGUAGAGAGUAUCUCAUUCAGCGCGCACGUAGAUUUCAUCCAAAACGCACACUUUAUUGAGGAGCUGUCUCCAAGGCAUCUAGUGCUUGUGCAUGGCGAAUAUAAUGAAAUGAUGCGGCUUAGAAAUGCCUUACAGCACAAGUAUGAUGCCGAAGCUGAGCACAAAAGUGGCGACAUAGCGGCUUCCGCCGCUACUACGGUGCACACACCGAGAAACUGUGAGGCAUUAGAAAUUGCCUUUGGUGAGCGGCGCGUAGCUCGCGUUGCAGGCUCCCUUGCGGCGGCCCUGCAUGCCGCUGGCGUUGCAGAUGUUGCCAGCAACGGGGAGGAUAUUGCAAAUGCAACGCCUACAUCCCCUAAACCAAUGUCUCUUCCGUCCGUCGAUGCCGUGGCCUUGCUGGAUCGCGGAUGGGAAUUGACGAUUGCAGCACCGGAGGAUCUUGCGGCGCAUAGCUCUGGAAUGCUGCGACAGGGCUCUGCUAGUGGCGCGGUAAGAGUCACAUCUUCAGCACCUUGGGCGUUAGUUCACGAGCAGGUACUCGUUAACUUUUCCUUUUUGCAGGUAGUUCAGCUGGUGGGUGCCGCCAAUGUCCGGUCUUCUACGGUCGAUGGGAUGCUUUCUUUGCUUCAGGGCGAAAUUACUCUUGUCGCAGAGGACGGUGGGCUUUCGCUUCUCGUGAGCUGGCGCUCUUCUUCACCACUUGUUGAAAUGAUGGCCGAUGCUCUUGUUGCAAUGCUCACAGCUGUGGAGGGCACUCCAGCGUCAAUUUCUACUUGUUGCAGCGCCACUAAAAAGGAUCACAUUCACGGCUCCGAAAAGGGCCAUACUGACCAUGAUCAUGGCCCAGAUGCAGGUUGCUACCGCACUUCUGAUGCCAUUGGAGAGCUACUCGCAAACUAUUAUGAAGAAGUGCAGCGAGUCUCUGAUGGCUGGGAAAUCAUUGUCGCAGAGAAGCAGGAGAAGGCGCCGUACCACCUGCGAAUCACAUCUGGCACUCAGUCCCCCAUAGUGGUAGGCUUUAUCUUCCAAUCAGCAUAG